AUGAACAUCCUCAUCACCGGCGCGGGCGGCUUCCUAGGCCAACUCCUCGCCGAGCACCUCCUCAAGGACGGCCACACCUUGAUCCUAACCGACAUCUUCGAGCCCCCCGUCCCACCCGGCGCUGAGUCCAACAAGGACAACACCACCUGCAUCAAAGCCGACAUCCACGAUGAACCCUACUCCGUGCUCUCGAAAGACCUGGACGCCAUCUACGUCUUCCACGGCAUCAUGUCCUCCGGCAGCGAAACGAACCUCGAGCUCGGGUAUCGCGUGAAUCUGAUCAGCACUCUAAACCUCCUCGACGCCGUGCGUAAAACCUGCAAUCCAGGAAUCAAACUCAUCUACGCUUCUUCCUGCGCGGCUUACGGACAACCGCUUCCCGAAUGGCCGUCUGAGACGACUAUUCCUACGCCGUCCGGGAGUUACGGGACGCAGAAGAUCAUGAUCGAGCAGGUCGUCAACGACUACACGCGUCGCGGGAUUAUCAACGGGAUCAGUUUCCGUUUCCCGACGAUUUCUGUCCGGCCGGGGAAGCCUUCUCAAGCGGCGAGUAGUUGGAUGAGCGGGAUGAUUCGCGAACCGUUGCAGGGUUUGGAGAGCGAGUUACCUGUUGAGGAUGAUUUUGAGUGCUGGUUGGGCAGUCCGAAAGUCCUGGCGGAGAAUCUGAAGAUUGCUCUUACGAUUCCGAGGGAUGCGAUGCCGGUUCAUGUGCGGCAGGUGAAUAUGCCUGGGAUCACUGCGACGGUCAAGGAGAUGUUGCAGGCUUUGAGGGAUGUUGGUGGGGAGGACGCUGUGAAGCUGGUGAAGAGGAAACCGUUGGACCCCGAGACGCAGGCGGUGCUGGAGAGUUGGUCGGUGAGGUUUGAUGUUUCGAAAGCGCUGGGUUUGGGUUUCAAGCCUGAGCAGCCGUUUAAGGGCGCUGUGGAGGACUUUGCUGCUAGUUUGAAGAAGUAG